UUCAGGGGCCGGCACACAGCUCAACCGUUCAGCCCAAGUCAGCCAUGGUGCUCGUAGAGGUGGAGAGAAUCACAGGCGAGCAGCUGGAGUGCCAGAUGGAAGAAGAGGACACCAUCCUGCGCCUCAAGCAGUCCCUCGAGCUUCUCGGGGGCGGACCACCCAUGUGCCAACGGCUACUGAUGCACAAUGUGGAGGGUCACCAGGCGCAGCGUUUACUGCCGGUGAUGGCCCAACAGCUGCAGGAGCUUGUAGACCAGAUUGCCCCUGGCCAAUUGCAGCAGCUGAGUCGCAGAGCGAACACCAAGCAAGGCAUCUCUGGAGAGAUUCGCCUGUGCCUGGAGACCAGCGCGCACUUGUUGGCCAGAAGCCCUCAUUGGACAGCUGCUGGUGAGAAAGCUUUCAAGAUGGAGAUGGCUGGGAGGCCUUUGGACACCAGCCUGCCCGAGUGCGUGAAGAUGUGUUCCCAGCCCCAGAGCUUCAUCGCGGCCAUGUCUGGCUUUGUGGAGGAUGUGGCCAGGGGCUGGGUGCUCGAAGAGGAGAUUCUGGAAGCGGAGCAAUGCGUGGAAGUGAUGUCCGGUCUGGAAGAGGCCGAUAAAGACGGCACAAGAAGGUCGCUGGAUCCUGUAGUGUGCCGUAUUCGGGAUUGGACUAUCCGAGCAAUCCGCUAUUAUCGGGAAUUUCGCCAGAUGCAGGAAGGGGCGGUAUCAUUGGAACUCCUGGACCAAAUCAACUUGGCUCUUUAUGCUGAAGUGGCUGCGGUGGGUGGCUCCUCAUUGAAAAUAUCUUUGUUGACCGAUCUGGAGCCGGCGUUGCAAGCGCUGGAGAAGGGCUCAGGUGACACGUCCGAAGCCAUCCGGGCUUUGGGCGUCUUGGGCGCCAAGAGCCCCGAGAAGGCCUUGAAGCUCCUGGCAGCGAAGUUGUCGCAUCCAGCGACUGCGAUGGAGGCGGAGGAGGCCAUCACCUCUGCCUGGAAGCAAGGUGACGAUGCUGCGGUCACGUUGCUGCUGGACUCUCUCCCUGAGCUCCCCCACGGCACUCCGAACUGCCGCUCCAGCGCGGUGAGGGCCUUGCUCCAUUUGGGGCCCAAGCACCAGUUGGUGCUGCACAGGAUGAUGGGCGGCUUACUGGUGGGCACACCGGAAGACAAGAGCCAGUGCAUGGACGCCUUCAGGCAAAUCGAAGGCAACUUCGCAGUGAGUUCAGUGGUGGACUGCAUCAUGGACCAUUACUUCCAUGGAUCGAAUCAAGUUGAGGAUACCACGACACCGGAAUGGAAGGAGGCAGUGAGUCUCAUCUUGGAGGUUUUGCGGCGCUGCGCCGAAUCGGUGUCAUCCAUCGAGGACAAAGUGAUCCCGAAGAUACUCGAGAAUUUGGAGCUUUGGAGGCCUGCGUGGGCACAGCAACGUGCUGCCUGGGCGGCUGAGAUCUUCUUCAACAAUGCCUUAGGGAAGGAGCCGGUGCCCUUUCGGAUUUGGAUGUCCAUGCUGCAUCAAAAAGGUAAAGCCUUUCUCGACCUGUGCGAGAGCUUCCUGGCUGUUGCACCUGGAUCCUACCAGGAGCUCAUGGAGCACUUAUGCAACGAGCUGGCAGGAGGUGAUGGCCUCAACCGGGGCGAUGCAAUCCGUGCAAUCGGCUCUUUAGCAAGCAAGCAGGACAAGAAGGUCAUGAUACAGCUGCGGAGGUAUUUGGGGCGCGCAGACUUCAUCUUGAUUCGCGAGGGCCCACACUACUUGCUGGCUGCCCUGGAGGUUCUUCAUUCGCUGAACGGCCAUGAGGACGAUGAAAAGCCGUGGAAGAGUCCUGCUACUCCAGCACACUUCAAGCUCAUGAAAGCCCUAGCCAAAAGGUUAACCAAGACGGGAAGCAAGUCCUACAGCUCUCCAUUGCUGAACUUGAGUCUGGCCUUGACUGAAGAGGUGGGCGCGGACGAGCUGCCGUCCCAGGCACUCCUCGGUGCCGUGGAUCCAUCCUCCGUACCAUCGCGCCUCACAGCGCUGGAGCUCCUGUGCCAGACCAGCGCUCAUAGCACGCAAGUGGAGGUAUGCCUUCGAUUGCUGGAAGACCCAGAUCUUCGAGUGAAGUCAGCUGCCUUGGAUGCCAUGAGGUUUUGUGGCUCAGAUCCUGACCGUGCAGACUUGCUUGGGCAAAAGGCUCUGGAGCAUUUGCAUCACUGGGACCACUUCGUGCGACGUGCCGCUCUGGCGCUCCUGCGCGAGGCGGUACAGACCGAAGAAACCAUUGAAGCGCUGUUGACGCUUUUGGAGGACCCCUCCUCCGAGGUGGUUUGCCGGGCUAUAGUGGCCAUCGCCGAGCUGGAUCGUGGACCCAAGGACGAGACUCCAGAGGCAGCCGAAGAGCAUGAGACGAAGCUUUGUGGAGCCUUGGCGCCUUUGCUGGAGCAUGGUGAUGUCAAUGUGCGGCAAGAAGCAGCUCUUGCUUUGGCACAAAUGCCUGGCCCACGGAAGCUUGCGAGGAAUAUGUUGCUACAACGGCCUGUGUGGCCGGAGCUGACAAAGGAGGUCAUUGAAGCCAAACAAAGUGCUUCAAAUUCUCUCGAAACCUUUUAUAAUAUAUAA